CCUCCAUGCUCCAUGCUCCAUCCUCCCUCCACCAUUAAUUCCUCCAAUCCUUUCCGAUCUCGCUCACUUACUUCCUCCCCCAAGAACGAAACAUAAUCCAGUUUGUUGACAUCCUAAUCACGCCAGUCUCGCCUUUUACCGGUAUUAUAUACAGCAAGUACCUGAUCCAAGUACCCACGUGCCACCAAUAUCCAUCCCACUCUACCAACUUCUUCACCAUCUACACCGUCGAUGCAACCAUUCCUCCGCACGAGAUUAUUUACUCGUGCCGCUGGCUGUGGUAAAAAAACAUCUCUGUCACUCUCACUCAAACCUGCCAAUCCACCGUCAUCCCACAACCUCUCUCGCCUUUCCCUAACCUCUUAUCUCUCCACUCGUCUCUUGACCACCUCCAACAGUCGGCUCGCGACACCCAUGGCUGCUCAGACAGAUCCCACCGCCGCCGACUUUGCCUCUUCUCACCAAAUCACUCCGGAGUCACUCGAGUCCAAACUUCGCAAUACCCUGCCUUCUACAACACACAUCUCCAUUCAGGAUAUGUCAGGUGGCUGUGGCCAGGCUUUUAACGCCAUCAUCGUGUCACCCGAAUUCGACAAGAAGUCUCUGCUUGCCAGACAUCGAUUGGUCAACAAUGCUCUGAAGGACGAGAUCAAAGCUAUCCAUGCCUGGACUCCCAAGUGUUUAACCCCAGAGCAGUGGGAGAAGGAACAACAAAGAGGCCUGUAACAUUCAUACAUCCGUUUUAAUCCUUCACAUUUGGUACUCGCCCAGAAUGUGUCGCAACGAAUACUUGACGGUCAACCCGAGAGGUUCAUACUUGAACCGGGCGGCAGUAUGGCGUACGCACAACUGACCUCCGUCGAUUCAAUCAGAUCUGGUGGCGCAUUAUUUUGUUUUCCUCCUGGCGCAGCACCGGCCUACUCUUUGAGCGCUACUUCCGCCUGUCUUAGAUACCACGCCGUUGUAAUGCUACUUGUGGUUCAGAAAGCUCGAAAGCCCAAAAGCCCAAAAGCUCACGGGCAACACAGUGACAUACACAUGACAUAUACCCAGAUUUCCGUCAUUAUAUAUAGCAAUCGUCAGAGGCCUAACCCACGUAUGACCAGUCCUCGUAGCUCGAGUCAUUAUCCAAUGCCAGCAGUGCAGCCAC